CACGUCGCCCUCUUCUCUCCGCCCCUUCUCUGUGGCUGAGCAGGAGCCAGGGCAGGUUCCCGUGCGUGGGGCUGCGCCGCGCGUCUGGCACUGAGGUAGCAGGAUCAGGCCCGCUGGAUCCGCACGCCAUGGCUCCCCCCACAGGUAACGUUGUGGACAGCCAGUCCCACAGACCCCCAGUGAACCGACUAAGAUGGGACCUGACAGCAGAGCAAAUAGAAAACAUGACUGUGGAGCUGCUAGAAAGGAGCAAGCAGGUGUAUGACCGGGUGGGCUCCCAGGAGCAGGGGGAGGUCUCCUAUGAAAAUACCCUCAAAGCUCUGGCUGAUGUGGAGGUGGAAUAUACAGUUCAGAGGAACAUGCUGGACUUCCCCCAGCAUGUCUCCCCUCGCAAAGAUAUCCGCACGGCCAGCACGGAGGCAGACAAAAAGCUCUCGGAUUUCGACGUGGAGAUGAGCAUGAGGCAGGACGUAUACCAGAGGAUCGUCUGGCUCCAGGAGAAAGUGGAAAGUGCUUCCCUGAGGCCAGAAGCGAAGAGGUAUCUAGAGAGGCUGAUUAAGCUGGGUAAACGAAAUGGCCUUCACCUCCCGGAGGAGAUGCAGGAGAAAAUCAAAGCCAUUAAGAAAAGGCUGAGCCUGCUCUGCAUCGACUUCAACAAGAACCUGAAUGAAGACACCACCUACCUGCCCUUCUCCAAGGAGGAACUGGGGGGGCUCCCCGAGGACUUCCUGAACUCCCUGGAGAAGACAGAGGAUGGCAAGCUGAAGGUCACCCUGAAGUACCCGCACUAUUUCCCCCUCAUGAAGAAAUGCUACUUGCCUGGGACAAGGAGGAAGGUGGAGGAAAUGUUCAACUCCAGGUGCAAGGAGGAGAACUACUUGAUCCUCAAGGAACUGGUGGACCUGCGGGCUCAGAAAUCCAACCUCCUGGGCUUCGACACUCACGCUGAUUUCGUGCUGGAAAUGAACAUGGUGAAAACCAGCAAGACCGUGGCUUCCUUCUUAGAUGAGCUGGCCCAGAAGCUGAAGCCCCUGGGGGAGAAGGAGCGGGCCGUGAUCCUGGACCUGAAGAAGAAAGAGUGCAAGAAGCGGGACUUGGAGUUUGACGCCUGCAUCAACGCGUGGGACAUGCGCUACUACAUGAACCAGGUGGAGGAGACCAAGUACAGCGUGGACCAGAACCUGCUGAAGGAGUAUUUCCCCAUGCAGGUGGUCACCGCUGGCCUGCUGGAGAUCUACCAGGAGCUGCUGGGCCUCAACUUCCACCUGGAGGAGCAUGCCCAGGUCUGGCACGAGGACGUCCAGCUCUACUCGGUGAAGGACAUCGCCUCGGGCAAGACCAUUGGGCAGUUCUACCUGGAUUUGUACCCCCGGGAGGGGAAGUACGGGCACGCGGCCUGCUUCGGCCUGCAGCCAGGCUGCCUGCUGCCGGACUCCAGCCGGCAGAUCUCCGUUGCUGCCAUGGUAGCCAACUUCACCAAGCCCACUCCGGACGCACCGUCCCUGCUGCAGCACGACGAGGUGGAGACCUACUUCCAUGAGUUCGGCCAUGUCAUGCACCAGCUCUGCUCGCAGGCAGAGUUUGCCAUGUUCAGCGGGACCCAUGUGGAGCGGGACUUUGUUGAAGCCCCGUCUCAGAUGCUGGAGAACUGGGUGUGGGAGAAGGAGCCCCUGGUGCGCAUGUCCAAACACUACAAAACUGGCAGUCCCAUGCCCGACGGACUGCUGGAGAAGCUCAUCCAAUCCAGGCAGGCGAACACAGGGCUGUUCAACUUGCGUCAGAUCGUCCUGGCGAAGGUGGACCAGGCCCUUCACACCCAGACGAAGGCAGACCCCGUGGAGGAGUACACCCGGCUGUGCGAGGAGGUGCUGGGCAUCCCUGCCACCCCAGGUACGAACAUGCUGGCCACGUUUGGCCACCUGGCUGGAGGCUACGAUGCCCAGUACUAUGGCUACCUCUGGAGUGAAGUGUAUUCCAUGGACAUGUUCCACACGCGCUUCAAGCAGGAGGGGAUCAUGAACUGUAAGGUGGGCAUGGAUUACAGGAACUACAUCCUGCGUCCCGGGGGGUCCGUGGAUGCGUGUGACAUGUUGAGGAAGUUCCUGGGUCGAGACCCCAAGCAGGAUGCCUUCCUGGCCAGUAAAGGACUGAAGGUUGAGUCCAGCUCACUGCCUUCUGCCUGCUGAAAACCCGCCCGCUGCCCUGUGAGUAGAGCCAGCUCCUGUGUCUGCGAACCCGUCCUCCUGAGCCAGAGAACCAAGCAGCACCAGACUCCUCUGUCAUCCAAACACCCGCCGGGUGGGCUGACACCGCGGCUGCUCUUCGUCCCCAGAGCGAACGUAGGGCCUUCGGCAGAGGGGUUUAGCUGUGGCGCUGCCAUUUCCCCUCUCUGGAAUGACAGCUGUGCCACAAGGAGGGCGGCGCAAUCUGUCACCCUUUGGCGCGGGUGUGUGUGUGUGCGUGUGUUAUAAGUAGCCCAUACAAAUUGGCUUGAAGCUGAAACUUUGCACCCACAGUGUCUGCACCAGGGUGCAGCUCAGGAAGGGGUGGGGGGGUGUUAAAAAUUGGAUUCACCAUUUUAGAAGUGGCACCGUUGUUUAAGCUGAGAAUUCCCCAGCCCUCCGCUUAUUUUGUGCCCGAAGGUAGAAUCGCGGCUCUGCCCGUAAAGCAAACGAAUAGAGAGAGAACUAAAGAGCAGGGAGGAUUUGGGCUCGGUCUCCUCUCCAGUGGGCAGAUUGGAAACCUCUGAAUAAACCCAGCUGUGAGGCCAAGGUGUAAAAAGCCACGAAGUGCACUUGCGCUACCUUACUAGUCUCGCUCACCCCAAAAGGAAUAUUCCCCUCCACACUACAAGCCUGCCGGGCGAGUGGGGUGUUAGUCCCCUCCCACCCCAGCAUCACCACCUGGGUGGAGGAGACUCCACUCAGACCUUCCCCCGUUUUGUUUUGAUCAAAGCAAAUGAAAUUCCAGCCCAUGUCAGAAGGAGGCGCUGUCCCCUCUCCUCCUCUUCCUCCCCUGGUGGGUGAGUGUAUUCAGAGCUGGAAGAGAUCCCACCCUGCAAAGGAACCAAGCUCCCUCCUCUGGGCGGUCAAUACUUUGCAAGCUCAGACACUAACAACGCUGUGGGAGGUGUCAAUAUUGUUAUAUUACUGGGCUGCUGCAGCUCCGUAAGCAGAGGUUGGUGCAGGAAGCGGGGGGCACAGACGCAGGACAGCAACGUGGCCCACAGGGAUACGAAGACCUAGGGGCUAGUGACCUGGCUGGGGAUCCUUUGAUGUCAGCCUGGGGGGCUGGUGAAAGUCAGCCGGCUCAGGGCCCUGUUUGCGCUGCAAUGGAACCUGUGUGAGCAGUGACUCCAUCCGCCCCCGGGUACGGCCUAGUGCAGAGAGGCCAGUGCUGGCACCAUGUGCCUCCCUCGCUGUCUGGCCGCCUCUAACACUGCUCGCAGGCUGGUGUCAGAGGUGUUGGUCUCCCCCUGCAAUCCAGGCGUCUGGCGGUGGGGCACUCAGACCCUCCACUGACUGACUGACGCAUCUAUUAUGAAACACUCCAUUGUGUUGGAAGCAGUAGGCUGGGGCUGUGACGCAGUCCCUCCACCCCACCCCGAGAUGGCUAACCGCUAUCUUUGCUCCUUUCAGCAAGGUCCCUUUUUGGUCUAGUGUUUUGCUGUGCUGCGUAAAACCAAGCAGGGAGACGAUUCAGCUCCUUGUACAGUGAUCCAGCUGAGUUGCAUCGUCUACUCUCCCCGCUGCUUCUCCUCAGGGACGGUAGAAAACCACAGCAGAUUCGGGCUAAAACUGUUCUCCCUCCAUAUCUGAAAUUUCACGCCAGGCGUAUUCUAUAGCACUUGAGUUCUACGCUUGUAUAGUCUAAUAGUAGAUGUAAGAUGGGGAGAGUCACUGGAAAUAUUUAUUAGCUGCUUAAUGUCAAUUACUGCUGCUGCCGGACCGAGUGUUACAGAAAAGCCCUGUGAACUGCCGGGCAGGAAUCUCACCUACUUCUUUAGUGGAUGCUCUUUUAAGCAUCGCUUUUAAGGACUGUAGCAAAGCGUGAAUUCAUUUAAAUGGUACAAGCCUCCCACUAGGGUAAGAUUUGAGGGAUAAAUGAUUCUUAUCCACACUCCCUUUUCCCUGUGCUUAUGCCCUCUGUUGAUCCAUCUCUGUUCUAACUGCCUUUGGUAAAUGGGGUUAAAAACCAAAAUCCCAAAUAACCAACCAUUUUAUUUUCUAUCUGAAAUUUCCCCCCAAACUCCCCCGCCCUGGGCAGGGAAAGGCGAGCGCAGACAGAGAGAGGUGCAAAGUUUUUAAAAGUUGUCACUGAAUUUGAGCUCCUCAAUUGUGGGGGAUCCAACUUGAGCCCCUCAGGGCUUGACUUUUCUUUUUUUUUUUUUUUUUUUUUUUUUUCUUCCCUGAGGGUGUUGAUUUCAGCUGGAACAGUGGGUGCCCGGUGCUGCUGUUGGACCUUUCUGCCAACGUGUGCCACUCUUGUCAAAAGAACAGCCAUAGUUGUGUUUUUUGCUUCGGCUUAAAGGGUCCCCAUUCAUGUAAAACUCACACUUCCGCCUGGAUUAAAAAAUCUGGGGGUUGGUGGAUAUUUUCCCUAUGUUUUCACUAGGGAUGUAAAUAUUGGUUUAAAAAGUUAACUGAUUAAAUGAUUGAAAUGCUAUCGGUUAACUGGUUAACCAUUAACUGAUGUUGCUCUGGCAGGGCGGCAGGGUCUAGGGUCCUGCCGGGACCACUCCAGCCCACCUGAUGCGGUGCUGUGUCCUGCCCAACACGGCUGGACCUGCUCCAGGUGUCCCACCCGGCCCGGCGCAGCCAGGGCUGGAGUCCCGCUAGCCGAUGUGGCCAGCUGUGGGGCUUAACGGUUAAGGUCUGGUUAAUAGUAAGCCUAAUGCUUACUGGUUAACCUUUUACAUCCCUUGUUUUCACCCCCACCCUGUGCAUCUGACAGCAGGUCAUGAAACUGAUUUCAGCGGGGCCAGGAUGUCACCCACCGUUCUGAUCCUCUCUGGUCAGUUUGCCUUGUUGGGGGUUUCUCAGUAACAGGAGAGAGAAAUAUUUUGUUUCUCCACCAAGGAUAACGAGAGUGUAAACAAUCACCCAAAUUGGAGAAGGCCCCAGGGAUUGGGGUAGAAACUGCAACCGCUUGUGAUUCUACUCUUUUACCAGACUCGAUUUCAGGACGUCUUUGCCCCUUUAACAACCUUCACAUUUACCGUGCCCAGCUCAGGAGCUCGCCCCCAACCCAUGCCCCGAGAAACAGCGUCCACCCGUGCUGCUGUUAGGCAGCUGGGUGCAGCUCUGUCUGCAAAUCCUGGCUGAGCAGAUUUACGGGGAAGGGUUUUGGGCAGUGGGGAAGGAUAGAAACCAAACUCUGGCAGUUUAGCUGCGUGUGGGAGAUGGCAGGAUCUGUCACUUGCAGGCCGUCCCUGCCACCUCCUGACUUUCCGAUUUUCCAUUCUUCCUGAUCUCCCUGUGCGCGGCUCAUUCUCUAGUGGGUGAAGGUGUUUUCUGGUGCUUCUGUUGACAUGGUAGCUGCUGCAAACAUGAUCAGGACAGGACCCCUGGCUGCAGUCUGUCCAGCCCACCCUCUUUGAAUUGCAAAUCAACCCCUCUUAAGUUCCACCUUCAGCUUCCUUUGAGUCUCAUUCCCUUCUCCUGCUGUGAACAUCAGAAGGGCUCAGUGGCUGUUGCAUGGUGGUUACAUCUCUGCUGUUACCCAGAGACCUGUCGCCAUGUACAGCCAAAUGUGUUGAGAUGCUGAGCGCCCUGGACACAGGAUUGGAAUGUUAUCUGCUGUAGAAAUCUGGGCAGCGCUGUGGGAUAGGUUCUGCUGGAUCUCUCCGUUAGAUCUUUGAAACAAAGCAUCCCUCCCCCCCCUUCAGAUUGUUUUAAAUUCUGCCCCCCCGCCCCCUUCUGUAUUUAUUUGUAUAAAGGAAUCGUGGCUUUUCCCCUCCCCGCCUGGCUUAGUAUUCACCAAGAAAAAUCCAGACACAGAAAAGGAUCCGCAAAAAUUGCUUCACAAGCCAUGCAGGUGAAACCACCUGUGCAGUCCUACCUCCCUGCCUCUUCUGGUGACUGGGGAAGGUGAGCGGAUGUGGGAUCCUUGCUCGGCCUCCCAGCCUUCCAUCCCGGGGCUGGGUGUGUAAGAAGGGGUGUGGCCCCUUGGUGCCGUUGUGCACUUUACAUGCAUUUUCUCUCCUCCGUUCUAGACAGAAACUCUGUCUCUGGGCGUCUGUGCACACAUGGCUCGUGGCUGUUAUGUAUCAGUAGUGUGGGGUGGGUUUCUUUAAGUGUCAAGUUUCUGGGAUUAAGGGAUCUGCCUUUUGACCUCCUUCCCCUGACCCCUUAAACCCACUUAGUCUUUUUACUGACUAGGCUGGCAUGGGAUAAACUCUGCGCCUUCCUGUCUUCUAACCAGACCUCUGUGCUGCUCCUCUCAGAGCUCGCCUUGGCAGUUUGCAUGCAGGGGCUCGAAUUCGGGUCCGGACCCUCCCUAUCGUCCCACAGAACCCAGCAAACGCUGUGGCAAUCUGCACUCAAGGCAGGCUCAGGACUGGAAUAACAGUGUGGCUCUAAACUGUUGGUAGCCUGUGUGGUGCCCUCUCGAAGCAGGGAGUCCUUGUCCCCUCACUUUCACUGGAAUUGACUCUCAUGCCCCGUGACAAGGAUCAAACCCAUACUGCUGUGGGCACCCUGGUCUCGGAGUGUGGCCGCUUUCCCCUUGGCCCCGUUUCGCCUCUCUCGAUCCAGCCGGGGCAGAGGUCAGGUUGUUUUCCGUUAAUCUCCCAGGCCAGGGUGGUGCGGGUGGAGUUUUGUAACAGUCACGUCCAGCCGUGCUUGUUACCGGGGUAGGAUUUUACAUGUUCCUAGUACUAAUAAAGAGUUUUCUGAGCUGA